GACAGCUCAGUGGUGGGAUUCACGUGAUGUGCUGUGAUGCGAAUAUGUGAGGCUUGAAUGAAUGGGGCGGGUGGAUAAGCAGCAAGAUGGGGAGAAGGAGGAAUGAAGCUGAAGGAAGCAACACGACGUCGAUAGAGGUGAAACAACACAAUUGCUUCACCUCCAGAGAUGUCGUGAUCGACCCGGUGAAGGUUGUCCAGGUGGACCAAUCACGGAUCAAGGAAAUUGUUGGCCCCAGCAAGGUGGGGCGUCCCCCAACUGUGGCGGUGCAAGCGUAUCGGAACAGAACAUCCACUUGUCUUAAAACUCUUUUUCCGACUCACCUGGCUGUGGUUGUUUAUAAUUGGGAUGCUUCCAGCAACGCCUAUCCCUGCGGUCAAUGAGCGAUAGGAUCUUCCCCCGGCUUACAUGGCAUUUUGUUCUGGCCUCUUUGGCCCCCCAGCAGGGAUGCAGGAGCUCGAAAUAUGAGAACAGGCAUUUCUCACCUAGGUUUUAAAAGCAGACGUGCUAUCAACGUCUCAGUAUUGCACUGCGACAUGAUUCAUGAAUAUGCAUUCAGCGAGUCCACGUUGGCUUUAUUAGUGAAGGCAUAUGCGUAUCCUGAUGAAAGAAGUGGCAUUUAUAGGAGGCUGUCUGAAUUAAGGGGUAGAGGUGUGACCACAGCUUGCGACAGACGGACUAGAUACAUAACGUGGGAGGUCGGGAUUUGAUAACGCGUCCUGACGCACUUAGUUUAUUCAGCGCGCUGACUAUCAACGACUGGUUGCAGAUGGAGAUAAAGAACGAGCUGUCGGAGCCCGUUAGUUGGGUCGCCAUAAUGAAAAGGUGUUCAGCUCUUGA